UCGUCCGCUUCGCUCGACGUCAGUUGGUGGUUCCGAAAUGUCAAAAUCUGGGCAGUGUAGCUCGCCUCGCGACGGGAAAGGUUGUAGGUAUUGAUUAUCAUCAUGAUUAUUACGUGUGUAAAAUCAACUGGUUUCUCAAUUGUCCUGGAUUUUGCUUCAUCUUGUUCGUUAGUAUGAAGGGUGUAAUAGUAACAAAAUUAGUUAUUGUUUUUAAAACAGCUCACUUGAGAAAUGACACGAAGGCCUGGGUUUUAUAUCGGGCCCAUUCGAUAACCUAUGAACCUGUGAGUUUACAUCGUCUAUAACCUAAUGUGUUUAUAAUGGAAAAUAAGUGCUUUUGUUGUUAAAUGAGCAAAAACUAGAAAUGUCAAGCUCAAAAUCGGCAGGUUUGCAACCAGUGGAGGUUCCAAAGUGCAUGAUAGAUGGGGAGAAAUUCAUCAAGUGGGAUGAGGACAGUGGAGUGGGUACUCCCGUCACGUUGCGGGUGGAUGAACGAGGCUUCUACCUCUACUGGACUGACCAGAACAAGGAGGUGGAUCUCCUGGAUAUCGCCACCAUCCGGGACACCAGGACCGGUCGCCAUGCCAAAAUACCCAAGUUGGGUCUGUUUCAGGACCCCAGGCUGAGGCAGAUCGUCACCAUGGGCUCCCAGGACACCCUGGAGGAGAAGACAGUCACUAUCUGUUGUGGCAGCGACUUCGUCAACCUCACCUUCCUCAACUUCUGCUGCACGAAGAAGGAGAUCGCACAACUGUGGACCGACACGUUACUGAAGUUAGCGUUCUCGCUCGCUCAGCUCAACUCGCCGGCCAUCACGUUCCUACAGAAGGCUCACAGCAAACUGCUGCUGGUGCUCGACAAGACUGGCAAGAUACCGACAAAGAACAUUGUGAAAAUGUUUGCACAAAACAAAGAGGACCGGAAACGAGUAGAAAAGGCGUUGGAUGCGUCGGGCUUUCCGUCAGCAAAGAACGAUGCAAUCAGUCCGCAGAAGUUUACGUUUGAGGAUUUUUUUAACUUCUACAAAAAUUUAACACAAAGGUCGGAAAUAGAGAAGAUAUUUGAAGAGCUAUGUGGUUCAUCAAAACGGAAAUUGAUGACAGCGCCGCAACUGGUGGACUUCUUGAACCAAAUGCAGCGGGAUCCAAGACUGAAUGAAAUAUUGCACCCUUACGCGAACCCCGCCCGCUCGAAGGACCUGAUCAGCCAGUACGAACCGAACAAGUACAAUGCAGCACGCGCUCAGCUCAGCCUGGACGGGUUUCUGCGCUAUCUGAUGAGCGAAGACAACCCAAUCAUGGCUACCAGCAAGAUAGACUUGGCUGAUGAUAUGGAUCAGCCAUUAGCUCAUUACUUCAUCAACUCUUCCCAUAACACUUACCUAACAGGACACCAACUGACAGGCAAGUCCUCAGUGGAGAUAUACCGACAAUGUCUGCUGGCCGGCUGUCGGUGUGUGGAGCUGGACUUCUGGAACGGCCGGACUGAGGAGCCUGUCAUCGUCCACGGCUACACCUUCGUGCCUGAAAUAUCUGCCCGGGAGGUUAUAGAGGCCAUAGCAGAAUCGGCAUUCAAAACGUCAGACUACCCUGUGAUACUCAGUUUCGAGAACCAUUGUAACCCUCGACAGCAAGCCAAGAUAGCUCAGUACUGUCGAGACUACUUUGGUGACAUGCUCUUAGACACGCCUCUUGACUCACACCAGUUGGAGCCUGGGAUACACUUGCCGCCACCAUCGCUGCUCAGGCGAAAGAUUAUCAUCAAGAAUAAGAAGAAGCACCAUAAGAAAUCAGUGGCCAGUGGUAAGGUUGCGACAGGUAACGGCGAUGUGCCCCAUGCCCCUAUCCGACAAGGAAGCAAGGAUAGCAACCCUGAUGAUGAAGAUAAUGAUGAGGACGACUCUAGUAGCAGUGGAGAGGAGGAAGAGGAAGGGGCUAGUGUGACGGAGAUGAAGAUGCAACUACAGGAGAAGCCGCCGGACAAGGUGUCAACAACCAAGGAGACCGAGGCUGUCGCUGAGAUAUCUGCUCUGGUCAACUAUGUCCAACCAGUCCACUUCACGUCCUUUGAAGUUUCAGAGAAGAAGAAUAGAUACUACGAGAUGUCGUCAUUUGACGAGAAGCAGGCAACAACACUUCUGAAGGAACAUCCGAUAGAGUUUGUCAACUACAACAAGCAUCAGUUGAGUCGGAUUUAUCCGGCUGGUACUCGAUUUGAUUCCUCCAACUUCAUGCCUCAGGUUUUCUGGAAUGCUGGGUGCCAGCUGGUAGCACUCAACUACCAGACCUUGGACUUAGCGAUGCAGUUGAAUCUGGGAAUUUUCGAGUACAACCACCGCUGUGGGUACCUGCUGAAACCAGAGUUCAUGAGGCGGAGGGAUCGCAGGUUUGACCCGUUUGCCGAGUCCACUGUAGACGGUAUCAUAGCUGGUACGGUCAAGGUCACUGUACUCUCGGGUCAGUUCCUGACUGACAAGCGCUGUGGCACAUACGUGGAGGUGGAUAUGUAUGGCCUGCCUGCUGACACAGUCCGCAAGAAGUUCCGCACCAAGAUCGUGCCCAACAAUGGGAUCAACCCUGUCUAUGACGAGGAGCCCUUUGUCUUCAAGAAAGUGGUGCUACCGGAGCUGGCCGUACUGCGUAUUGCCGCGUAUGAAGACAGUGGGCGGCCACUAGGUCACCGCGUUCUGCCCGUGGUGGGGCUGUGUCCCGGAUACCGCCACGUCUCUCUGCGCACGGAGGCUGGACAGCCACUGCCGCUGGCUACGUUGUUCCUGCUCAUAGUCGUCAAGGAUUAUGUUCCUGACGGACUCAGCGACUUUGCAGAGGCAUUAGCUAAUCCCAUCAAGUACCAAAGUGAGCAGGAGAAGCGUGCCCAGCAGCUCAGCGUCUUCACGGAUGACACGGAAGUUGAUGGAGAAAGUGGAGUGGAGCCCGUGGAGGGAGGCCCAGUUCCUGCCCGAGUGACCAAACCUCGGGCUCAAUCCAUGGUGCCCGAGUUGACCCCCACUGCAUCAGUCUCACCGGGAGUCCAUCGUUUAUCUAUCGCCCCCACCACCCUUCUGGCAGUUACUGACACUGAGGAUUUGGCGAUCCCGGUAGAAACUGCUCCUUCCGCUGAUUCUCUAGCUGCCAACAAAAGCCCUCCUAAAGUCCAGCAAUCGUCACUUUCAUUGAACGAUGAACUGAUUGCAGAAUCGAUUGAAAAACUUAUGGAAAACAAAGUGUUCAAAGAGAGAAAAUCAGAGUUGGAGAAAAAGUUAGAAGCACUGAAGAAAAAGCAUGAAAAGGAAAGAAGUAGAGUCCAGUCACAAAAGUCUUCCUCAGACACAGAAAAAAGCAAGUCAAAAUUCUAUAUGGGCAAUAAACUAGUCAAGAGGCUGUCCAGUAAAAACAUAAGUGAGACUGUAGCCCCUGCAGCCUACUACCAGCUGAAGUGUCCGAGGGCUCAGAGUGUGAAGGGGAUAACACAGCGAUAUGAGGCUACCACGCAGUCAAUCCGAGCGGCUGUUGGCCAUCAACCGAGAACAUGUUACCCAGGAUGCGGGAACUCAGGGAGAAGUACCACGAGUUGAUGUUUGCCGCUUUGGAUAAGGCGAUGAAGACUUCUCAGAGUAACCAGCUGAAGACCCUGAGAGUUCUGCUGGAGAAGGAGACUGGAGAGGUGAUGAGGAGGCUGGAGACUGUCAGGAGGAAUGAGGUCAAGGAACU